ACCAGUUUUACAAGUAACAAAACAGUCUCUCAGAUUGAAGUUAGUUUGUCAAACAAUAACGCGCUCUUUUUAUUGCGUGUGGUAUUGUCUGAUUUAAAAAAAUGGAAGACUUCGAGUGUUCCAUAUGCUGCGACACGCUCGAUGAUCCCAGGCUGCUUCCAUGUGGACACAUGUUCUGCGGGCCAGAAAGGGGGUGCAUCUUGGCCCUGAACAGAAACGACUUGUCAGCUGAUUGUCCGAAUUGCAGAAAAACACAUCAUAUUAACGUGAGCGAACUGCAACCGAUCUAUGUCCUGAAGAAAUUUCUAGAAGGUCUGAAAAUUGCGGACACGGGAGACAAACAAACUCGGAGUGUGAGCGCUGGUGCGAAGUCCUGUGUCCAACAUAGCGACAUGUCCCUUGUGUAUUUCUGUGAUACUUGUGAUGUCAGCAUCUGUGACCUUUGCUGGGGAAACGACCACAGCGAGCAUAAAGUAGUGCUUACGAGAGUCAAGCAAAAGAAAGACUUACUGGGUGCUAUGGAACGCGUGAACCUUGAAUCAUCCAUAUCUGUGUACGAGAAAGUGAUUGCGGACAAUCAGAAAAGAAGACAACUAAUGGCAGAAGUUAUGACUGAAAUUGAUGUCGUGAACGAGUUGCUCCGAACAAGGGCUAACAGUUUAACCGAACUGAAUGAACUUUGGAAAGAGUAUGUCGGACUUGAUUCGAGUUCUUCGAAAGUGGCAGAAUUAGGGGAGAAAUUGCUGGAAGAUUUGAAAGGUCACGAGAGAAACAAUAAUGACGAAGAAAUCAAGAAGAGUAUCAGCCAGAUAUCGAAGGAGAGCCAAAAGAAGUUCAAAACUUUUGCGAAUCUGUGUGAUCGAAAUGAGAAAACUCUGAAUGAGAUGAAGCAACCAAAUAAACAAGUGGGCGGCUUGAAAAGUGGAAAACCAGAAGUUUCAACUCUAGAUGCGUUGACUCUGUGCUUAGGUUCAGAUGCUGAAGUUGACUUUUUCAGCUUAUUGACAGGUGCUCAUUCUUCUGAAUCGGCGGGUCCACUGAGACCUGGGACUAGGGAAAACAGACUUGCUGGACAAGAUAAGGAAUUCACUACGAAGAGAGACGGUGGAACAAAUCAGUGUGAUAGAGCAGACUCUUCUCCAGCUGCUAGGGUAUGUGUUGAACACAUAAUACUCAGUCUGUCCCAAUCUGUUUAUGAAAAAGUUAAUUUAAAAUUAACUAACAGCUACACUCAUUUUUGA